AAAAAAAAAAAAACACCCUACCACUCCGCCAUAAUCGACCUCGACGUUCUGACGACCAAAAAUCAAAUUCAAUCCCACGAGCCACCACAAAGUCACAAAUACAGAGCCAUACGGAGCCAUACGAUUCAAGCGGGGGAGGGUUUUAUUAAUUUAAGAAGGCGGAGCUGAGCAAGCUGCUCAAAAACGCAGCAACAUGGCCAACAGGAAUUACGAUGUGCUCAUCAAGCUACUUCUCAUAGGCGACUCGGGCGUAGGUAAAUCCUGCUGCCUUCUGCGGUUCAGCGAAGACUCUUUCACGCCAUCAUUCAUCACCACGAUCGGCAUCGACUUCAAGAUUCGCACAAUCGAACUCGACGGAAAACGGGUCAAGCUGCAGAUAUGGGACACUGCCGGCCAGGAACGCUUCCGCACCAUCACGACCGCAUACUACCGCGGAGCCAUGGGAAUCCUGCUAGUCUACGACGUCACCGAUGAGAGGUCCUUUAACAACAUUCGCACGUGGUUCGCAAACGUCGAGCAGCAUGCUAGCGAGGGCGUCAACAAGAUCCUGAUCGGAAACAAGUGCGACUGGGAGGAGAAGCGGGCCGUAUCAACAGAGCAAGGCCAAGCAUUGGCGGAUGAGCUCGGCAUUCCAUUCCUGGAAGUCUCGGCUAAGGGCAACAUCAACAUCGACAAGGCGUUCUACAGCCUAGCAUCCGACAUCAAGAAGCGCACCAUCGAUACGCAAAAAGACUUCCAAAACCCCGGUUCCGUCAACGUUAACGCGGGCGCACAAGGCAGUUCCGCGGGCGGCAUGGGCGGCAAGUGCUGCUAGAGGAAGGAUGGGGAGGCCAGAAAUGCAGCAGUGCAUCUGCGACGAUUCUUGAUGACUUUUUUGUUUGCUCAUAAGGAAAUGCUUGGGAGGGAUUUUUGAUUCCGAUAUUGACUCAGCUUUGUCCAAGCAUAUUCAGCCGGUUGCCGAAACGGCGCAUAUGUCCAUUGGUGAGCUUCCUUGUGGGGAAUAUUCUCUGAGAUAUUCAGUCAAUGCUUUGACGAAAGCAAAACACAAGGACGGGAGGGAGGCCCUGCUGGCCACGCCAGCUAGAGCUAUACACGAAUGUGCACCAGAGAGGCAGAGCUGGCGCAUUUUCUUUCUACAGCAUAUAUGCAGUGUCGACUCUUUUAUUUCCUCUUUGCCGGUUCCACGAGCGCCUUUACUCAUUGGCGUCAUAUGAUAGUACGCAAUCUGGCUGAGUGCGAGCAUUUGUGGAUGGGCCGAGUCCUCUGGCGCUCGUGUUUCGUCUUUGCCGUGAGUGCAAGGAGAAGCUAGGUUGGGGUGACUGGUAAAGAUUGUUGCAAAUAUUUGGCCGCGGAGUUUGGGUUGACUUGAUAGUUCUUUGCUAGUAUUACAUUGCCUUUGAUUGAUUACUAUAGAAAUCUUCUUUUGUCUCUCUGUCUCUUCUAACUUGUGGUUAACUUAUUAUAAUCUCCAACAUGACUCCUUUUGCUAUGAGUUAUCGGACUCCCGCUGGGACAUGACAAGUUCGCAGUGAUCCUCGCAAUGGUAACACUUCGUCAAAAGCGUAGGCGAUCCGGUUGCCAAACACAAAGAAUGUGUCUACCAGAGAGCUGUAGCUUUUACAAAAUAGACCAAUUCUCCUUCGUUGAAGACAAGUUUCCUCGUGUGCCACUCCCUCGCAAAGCGUUUGGCCUCGGCGCUAUCCUGAAACGAUAAAACGUAACGCAUAUAGGGCACGUCGUUGUCUGUCUCGUUGCUGGCCUCGACAGCUUGCGCCAGCUCGAGCGCCUGGCGCAGUAUGUCGCCGGAGUUGUCGACCCCAGACUCCUUCCUGGCCGCCCGAGCGGUAGGGGACAUGUCUAUGCGGACCGGCAGGACUGAGGCGCCACCGCGCAGCCGCCAGCGCAGGUUUCGACGCUCGCCGUCGGCGGCUAUCAGGCGACCGAAGGCGGACCUCGAGAAGCCGUUGCCGCUGCCGCCCGAGAUGACGAACAGGACCUGAGCCACGCGUUCAAUGCAAGGAGGUUUAUCUUCCGGGUCAGGCCGGAAGGGGCCCCGCAGAUCGAGCUCGAUGUCGGCAGGAGCAAGCGAAAAGGAACGGGUUUCAGCGGCGAGAUCUUUUUGACGUGAAGCUCGCUGUGCCGCUGGCUUUGGCGGUCCCGUUUGCUGCCUGAGAGCUCCCCAUGUCAAGGCCGGGGCUGACUGCUGUCCACUGGAUGCUUGCGUGCUUCCAUCGGCCUCUGAGCUACCGUUGUCUGGCUCUGUCAUCGAGUCCAGCGAGUCGAUAGCAGCCUGCGCGAGCUUCGAUGCCCUCUUCUUUUUGGCUUUGGCUUUCUUUCUUGCCUGUUUUCGUGGCAAGGGCGGAUGGGCGAGCAAGGUUUUAUGCUCCUGGGAUAGUUUGUGGAGGCGAAGGGCCUCGUCGCGGUAGCGCAAGGCGCCGGCCUCUGACUCAAAGUAGAGCCGGUAGUGGUCGACGCUCUCCUGUGUACUUGGGUGACGGGCCUGUGUCACAACCGCCAGGCUGCCCUGCGUGGUCCAGUAAUGCACAUGGUUGGACUGCGGUGCCAGGCGGUAAAAGUCGGACGGUUGGAGGUUGGCGGAUGUGCCUGUUAGCUGGAGCAACCAUGGCGACUGCGGCUCCGACGGGAGAGGUACCGGCUCAUUGUCUUUUGUGAGAGCCUGGUUUGUUCUAAGAUCCUUGAGGAGCUGUCUCCAUUCUUCGUCGAUGGCUUCGGUUAGAGGCGACCCUCGUUUGAGAUCUCCUUGCGACGAGUUGGAGGCAGCAACUACUGGGCUCGGAUCUGUGCUUGUGCUAUAGGGGCGAAAGGAUAACAACCUCCGCGCAAUAGUCGGAGGUAGCUUCAGCCGGCCCAACACCAUAUGGGCGGUUUGACGGGGGCAAAAACGAGAAGCAUUAAAGCUGUGAAUGAUGGUUGCUGGAGAAUGGGGUCGGUCGUCGUGAAAAAAAAAAAAAAAAAAAAAGAAAAUGAAAAAUAAAAGAU